GAGCUGUAAGGCAAGCUUGAGAUCUUAAUGACUCACUCAGUCUCACUGAGAGUCUGUCCAGAAUUCAACGUCACGUGGCGGAGCAUAGGCACGCUUCAGCCUUAGUUCAAGAGCGGUCAUCUUGAAAUCAAAGGAAUCUGCAAUGUUGGUUGUCGGUCUCACUGGGGGCAUCGCAACGGGCAAAUCCACUGUGUCCAACCUACUCAAGUCCCGACAAAUUCCAGUCAUCGACGCGGACGUCCUUGCACGAGAAGUUGUGCAACCUGGAACCAAAGGGCUCGCUCAAAUCGUCGCAUACUUCGGCUCUGAGGUGUUGCUCCAAGAUGGCACCCUCGACAGAAAGAAACUCGGUGCUAUCAUCUUCACCAGCGAAGCGAAGCGGAAGAAGUUGAAUUCUAUCAUUCAUCCUGCUGUCUCGCGUGCCAUUCUUUGGAAUGUGUUUUGGUGCUGGUUGAGAGGAGAGAAAUUGUGCGUUGUGGACGUCCCUCUUUUAAUAGAAGGAGGGCUGUGGAAAUGGAUGGGGAAGGUCAUCGUGGUGUACUGCUCAGCAGACAUUCAACUGCAGAGGCUCAUGGCGCGCGACAAUUCGUCCCGCGAAGACGCUUCAGCGCGCCUGAAUUCGCAGCUUCCAAUAGCGCAGAAAGUGCAGUAUGCCGACAUCGUCGUUGAUAAUUCUGGCACCUUGCAGGAUCUUGAAGAGCAAGUUCGUUUGUGUCUUCUGAAGUUAGAACGGAAAGUUGGAUGGUCAUGGAGGCUUAGUUGGCUUUUCCCCCCGUAUGCUUUGAUUUCGGCGCUGUGGACGUUGGGGUGGGGAUCUAUGAAACGAUCGCGACGACGGAGUCGGAGGCCACUCGAAGGAAGCUAGACCCUGAAGCUUGAAGGCUCAUGAUCUCUUAUCCGCUUGUGCUAUGCUACAUAUGUCACGAUGCAUAGACACUAAUGCAGAGUGCGAAAUGCGUAUCAUAAAAUAAUGGUGUAUGCGUAUGGUACAACAGGUCCUGCAAUUAUCCUGCCCAGGAGUGCCUGAUACUAUAUCAUGCAGGAAGUCCCA